AUGGGUUUAGUUGUUGUGCCCGCUCAAAUCCAACUGAAUGGAAUCUCUGAAAAAAGGACAUCUGUCAAAGGCAUUGUGCAGUUAAAAAUAUUGUCAGAACCUCAAUUUGAUAUUGCUCUUUCUACCGAAGCUCUUGUAUUAGAUCAAAUUGCUGGCAAUCUUCCUGUCUUUCCGCUUCACCCCGCACUAAAGAAUUCGUUUGCGCAUCUGGACCUCGCUGAUCCUAAUUUUGAUAAGCCUGCUGAAAUCGACCUACUGAUUGGUGCUGAUUUAUACUCCAACAUUUUUAUAUCCGCAGAAAAUUCCAUUAUUCCUGGUAACCCUGCCGCCUUUGCCACAAUCUUUGGUUAUGUUUUAAGUGGUAGAUUGAAUAUUGAGGACUCGCCCGCACCGCUCAACGAAAUGCAGCUCAUUUGCACUAUGUUUGCACAGGAAGCACAGCUCAACACCAUCAUGAACAAAUUUUGGGAAACCGAAGAGGCCAUCCCCGUUCGAAAAGAGUCAUCACCUGAAGACGAGUUGUGUGAGAAACUGUACCAAUCCACUACUUAUCACACCUCUGAAGGAAGGUAUGUUGUGGCACUGCCUUUCAAACCUGGCGCUCCCGCUCUGUGCAAUAACCACAGCAAGGCAUACCGCAAUCAAUUAGGACUACUGAAAAACUGA